UAAAGUUGCAAAGUCGCGCAACAUUCUCUGUUUCCCGUCUGCCUUUGUUGUGAUAUUUACAUUUUUUUCUUUUGAAUAUGUAAUUAAUAAAUGAGCCAAAUUAAACCGGAGCACCUCAUCGUUACUGAACCUGUCACAGCUUUGGGAGUUUGGGGUCAUAAGGUUCGCGCAUCCCGCUAACGGAAGCCAGCUUUAGCUAACCUUACCGGAGCUAAUCGUAGCUAGCAGCUAGCUGCGGUUUGUUUUAUUUGUUUCAUUUCGGGAGGAAAUAAAUAAAAAGCUCACCUGCGGGUCAGAAAUGACGUCAGCCUCUGCUAAGGUGGGUGAGAUCUUCUCAGCAGCUGGAGCUGCUUUCACCAAGCUGGGCGAGCUGACCAUGCAGCUCCACCCGGUGUCUGACUCCAGCCCUGCAGGGGCCAAAUGGACGGAGACGGAGAUCGAGAUGCUGCGAUUGGCCGUGCGUCGGUUUGGAGACGACCUCAACAACAUCAGCACCGUGAUCAAAGAGCGCACAGUAGCUCAGAUAAAGAGCACGGUGAAGAGGAAGCUGUACGAGGACAGCCGGGUCCCCAUUUCCUCCGAGUCUCCCAAGAAGGCCGUCAAGAAAGCUGCAGCCGCCAUGACGCCGGCCCCGGCUCCCGCUGCGCCCGCCAUGAUAUCCGUGCCGACCUCACAGGUCGUUGUUUCGACGGGAAUGCAGAGCAGCCCCUCCCUGGCCCCGCCCAUCAAGAAGCAGAAGACGGCAGAUGUGACACUCAGCGCUCUGAACGACUCGGACGUUAACAGCGAUCUGGUGGACAUCGACGGCCUCGGCGACGGCUCCUCCAACAAGAAGCUGAACUUUGAUCAAGAGAGCCUCAACCUGGACUCCAGCCUCAUCAUGAACUCCAGUGACCUCCCCCUCCUGUCCCGCUGACCUCUGACCUCUCUAUAGCCACCUCAGUUUCCCCCUCUGUAGAUUUUCUGGACGCUUCUGUUCCCGAUGUUCAUCGAGUUUAUAAAACCUGCGAUGGCGCUCGGUCAGACUUUUCUUCUGUUGUAGUGACGCAGAUCUUUGGAUAUGAAUCAUGUUUUAAUUUUUUUAUUUUGAAAGUCUGUUUCUGAUGUUUUCUGUUAUCAUGAAGAGAAGCUUUGCUCCUCAAACGCAGCCAGGACGUGAAAGAAUCAGCCCGCCGAUAUUCAGUGGUUUUAGAUCUCGUGUGCAGACUCGGCUCUGACCUCUCUGUGGCCCUCAGCUCAGAGCCUGAUGGCUCCGAUUACGCAUCCACCUGUCAGUACUCUGACCCCCACCCACCUUGAUAUUGUUGGAGACCUCCAGUUUUGACAGCAGUUCCUGAAAGUUGAGGAUCCGUUUCAAUAAACGACAGUGAACGUGCUGCCGCACUCGAACAUCAGAACAAACACGAUUUGAUUGGCCGGAGCUGCAAAAACGGGUUUGAACUUUCAGGUCGAGGAAAUCUACGCAGCAGAUCCAGAUUCGUGACCUCGUUCACGGUGGCAGAGGUGAGAGCGAUGAAGCCUCUUCGUGUGCAGAGGCUUCAUCGCUCUCCUGGACGUGUGAACGUGACCUAACAGCUGUAAUCCAGAGCGCUGCCACAAAGUCUGUGGCUCCUCCCACCUGAGCAAGCAUUAUGGACGCUUGCCUGCAUCGUUACUGUGAUCAAGUUGAUCAGAAGAGUGGUUGUGAUGUUUCAAAUGUUUUGUUUUUUUUAAAUUGAAUAGUUCAGUCCAUCCUCCAUUUUCUGCUGCUGGUCUGGGUUGAUGUCGUGGGUUUUCCAUGUGGAGGAGAAGCAGCUCCACCCUGAGCUCCUCCUGAGUAUUCACACUCACAGAGGCAGCUGUUGCUUGGCUUAAAAUAUAUACUUCCUGCUUGAAUGGGUGCCUGGUAGGAUGUAAUGCAGCACUGCAGCCAGAGGGUGGUUAGUUGGAUGUUCCUUGCAGCUGUGUUACCAGCUGUUUGAUCAGCACUGAGCAGAAUCUGAUGGGCGACGUUAAACCGACCGCACGAACACGGUUUCAGCACCUUUUGAUGAUUCUUCACUAAUCUGAUUGUUUUAAAUGUCACACCGACAGUUCAGUGUCAGCGGCUCAUCUCGGAGCUCUGCCGACUGUCAUCGUCUCACGUUCCACCUCACAUAUUUACAACUACCUGUCGGGGGGGUGCACAUAAUACUGUCGUAACAUCAGCUGAGUGGCGGCGUACGUUAGUGAAACAUGCUGCUGGACAUUCCAGGCUCUGUGUCAGAUGUCAGUCAGCUGUGGUCCUUUCGCUCUUCAGUCAUUGAAUGUGACGUUCUGCGGUCUCUGGUUGCUGCUGAUCACUUCCUGUGUGGAUGCCACUUAAGAAUAAUCAGGUUAACAGGGCAGCGGCGUAUAAAUGCUGACUAGUCGCCGGCGGCGAAGCCGUUUACCAACACAAACAGAGGAACGUCCAGACAACGUGAAACGUGGCGCUCCUCACUAAAUAAUAAGAGGUCCAGCUGAAGCUGGCUGUACGCAGUCAUUCGGAGAGUGGUUGGAGUCGGAGUUCUCAUGAAUUUUAAAUCUGUCCACCAGCAGCUGAAACUGCUCAGGUUUCCCACGUCAGCUGUCCGUGUUCAGCUCUGAUGACGUCUCUGAGGUGGUGUGAGAGCUCAGAGGGAUACGAUCCGUCAGCACACGGGGUCAGUCAGCAGGAAGUCACCUUCAGUCUUGUUUUAGUAGGAAGUCGGCGACCACAACGGUAUCUGGGCGAGCAUUCUGACUCAUCGAUCAGUGACUGAUGUAAACCAGUUUUAAUUAUGUGAAAUAAACUCAGAACACUUAAA